UAUUUUGAAGGCCACCCACCGGAUGCCGUCCGCUGAGAGCGGGACGUCGGAUGAAAGUUUCUUCCGCCGCUUCACUUCACUCCCUCACGCCACCGUCGACAGGAGGCUCCGCGCUAGUACCUGCGAUAUAACGCUCACCAUGGCAGAACAGGAACCCACACCGGAGCAGCUGGAGGAGCUCGCCGCCGCCAACCGAGAGGGCGAGAACGCGGUGAACUACAAACCUCCGGCCCAGAAGAGCUUACAGGAGAUCCAGCAGCUGGACGAGCAGGACGAAAGCCUCCGCAAGUACAAGGAGGCCCUGCUGGGCAAGGUGGCCACCGUCGCAGAUCCCAGCGUCCCGAACGUCCAGGUGAUGCGAAUGACUCUGGUGUGUGACUCUGCUCCGCAGCCCUUGGUGCUGAACCUGCAGGACUUGGACAAAUUAAAGAAGAACCCGUUUGUGAUGAAGGAGGGAAUCGAGUACAGAAUAAAGAUCACCUUCAAGGUCAACAAGGACAUCGUGUCGGGCCUGAAGUACACCCAGCAAACGUUCAGGAAAGGAAUCAAACUUGACAAGUCGGACUACAUGGUCGGCAGCUACGGGCCCAAAGCGGACGAGGAGUACGAGUUCCUCACCACCGUGGAGGAGUCCCCCAAAGGCCUGCUGGCCCGCGGCACCUACAACAUCAAGUCCAAGUUCACCGACGACGACGAGCACGACCACCUCUCCUGGGAAUGGAGCCUCACCAUCAAGAAGGACUGGACAAACUGAUGCCUCCCCCCGGGCCCCCCCGGCUUCGUCCUCUCUUCUUCCUGCUGUCAUUCCAUUGAUCCUGUCUGGGUUCUCUCCGUUUUUAAGCCUUUGCUCUCUCCGUCCACCCACAACCCUCUUUUCUUUUUUCUCUCCCCCCUUUUCCUGAUUUCACUUCGUCAUUCUUCCCCAUUGUGGCGCUUUCGUCUGUUCGCACCCGCCCUUCUUGUUCAGUAUCGAAUCUUUAAAAAUGGAGAAAGUAAUAAUGUGCACAAUCCAGAUUUUGCGGUUAUGGUUUUCUUAUGAAAGAAAAAAAUAAGUAAAAAAAAAAUAGUCUAACUGCUUUAGGAAGUGGUCCAAUGUGGGAUCCACGCUUUUUCUUUUCUUUCCCUCUUUCAUUGUUUUUGUACAAUUACCGCGAUCCGCCUUGAGAGAGCGUUGUGCAGGACGCCCCCCUGAAGCCUUUGAGCAGAUUAUUAGUACCCGGCUCUUUAUUUGGAGUGGAGACCACCUCUACUUCAAACAAUUUAGCCGAGAGAACGGGGGUUACCUAAAUGACCUCUGACCCCUAGCUGUAGGUGUGGCUGUUCCUCUUCUGAUCAGGUAUGCUGGCACGUUUCUUUUUUUUUUUUCUAUUUUAUUUUUAGCAGCCAUGUGGCCUUAACAAAACCCCACAGGGAGAAAUAACCUGAUUGAGUCCUCUGCCUUCCAGACAUCAUGUGAGCGUCACCAUACUUACAACAUCUAGUACUUCUCGUUCUUAAUUAUGGAUUUGAAUGAACAUCUGUAGAUGACUGUAAAAGUGCAGGUGUCCCAUCGAGUCCAGGGACUCUCACCUCGUAUUACUAAACGUAACCAUUAGCAACGCUGUCUGUGCCUCCGGUCUCUUACAGCCCCCCGCUGACUCAGCGAGGUGAAAUAUCGUCUGUAAUUGACUUCUUAUAAAGUAUAUAGACGUCGGUGCCCAACCAGACACGUCGGGGUUCCUUCUUAUACACUCCAGUUGGCGAGUCGGCUUCCACGGCGUCGCGCCGACGUUCUUCUCGUUGGGUCCACUGAAUGUUUCCACUUGUAUCUCCUGUGUUCACAUUAAAGUGUUCAGACUGGG